AUGAGACCUCUACAGGGCUGCAGGAGACAAUGCAUCGUUCUGGGGAUCGUGACCCUCUGCCUGGCUGCUGGGUGGGCUCUACAGACCCAAGGAGGGGUAUCUUUACUAGUCCCGCAACCCAACAUAAAUGCCACCGUGGCACAAAAUAUUCUCCUCUCUGUUGAAUAUUCUUGCAAAGGCAUCGUCUCCAUUGAGUGGAAGCAUGUGUCGAGUUGGGGCACCAACAAAAUUGUGGAGUGGAAACCAGGGAGUUAUACUAACAUAUCCAAAAGUUACAAGGACCGAGUGAACACUUAUGAAAACGGCUCUAUACAGCUUCUGAAUGUAGGCGUGAGAGAUGCUGGCUAUUAUGUUGUCACCAUAACAGAAGAGCUGGGAACCAACGUCUACGGCACCAUUGUAUUAAGUGUCUAUGAGAUUAUCUAUGAAGAUUUACAUUUUGUAGCUGUCUUCUUUGCAUUUCUCACUGCUGUGUCUGCAGUUUUAGUCUGCUGCAUGUGGUUCUGUAAUAAAUCUGUGCAUCUAUUCCAGAAUAAGAGAGACAAGCUUAAAGCAAGAACAGCUGAAGAGAUAGAACUGCAAACCAUUGAGUGUUAG